AUGAAUAACGUAAAGCUAUUUUACCAUUACCUAAUGACACACUUCUUGAAACUCUGCUCGGUGCCUUUAAUGGCGGUAUUAGCCAUGAAGGCCUCUCGGCUUAGCCCUAACGAUCUCCAAAACCUCGUCCUCCAUUUUCAGAAUAGCCCUGUCAUUGUGGCCGUAUUCUUUGCCGUUGUCGUUUUCUUGUCGACCCUCUACGCCAUGUCCCGACCACGCCCCGUUUACCUCGUUGACUUCUCAUGUUAUCUCCCUCCUCCUCAUCUCAAGGUCAGUCUCCAAAGUAUUAUGGACCAUGCCGCCAAAUAUAAGCGCAACGCGAAAGAUGAGAAGAGCCUCGAAUUUGUGCGGAAGAUUCUAGAGCGUUCGGGCCUAGGGGACGAAACCUACCUCCCCGAGCCACUGCUCUGUGUCCCACCAAGGCAGACCAUAGCCGCGGCGCGUGAGGAAACGCAGCAAGCAAUGUUCGGUGCCCUGGACAAUCUCUUCGAAAACGCAAAGAUUGAUCCUCGUGACAUCAGCAUACUCGUCGUGAACUCGAGCUUGUUUAACCCGACCCCUUCGCUAUCUUCGAUUGUUGUUAACAAGUACAAACUGAGGGGAAACAUAAAAAGUUACAAUCUUGGAGGGAUGGGUUGUAGUGCCGGUGUCAUCGCCAUCGAUCUUGCCAAGGACUUGUUACGUGUUCACAGGAACAGUACUUACGCUGUUGUGGUCAGCACAGAGAAUCUCUCUCUGAACAUGUACACCGGUUAUAACCGGUCGAUGUUGGUUAGCAAUGCAUUGUUCCGGUACGGGGGAGCCGCCGUUUUGCUCUCCAACAAGUCAGGAGACCGGAAGCGUUCCAAGUACAAGCUCGUACACUCUGUCCGGACGCAUACGGGAGCCGAUGACAAGUCGUUCAGAUGUGUAAACCACGAACAAGACGAGACUGGCAAGACAGGAGUUUCUUUGUCCAAAGAUCUGCCCCUUGUCGCUGGCAAAGCCCUCAAGACAAAUAUCGCCGCCCUGAGUCCACUCGUCCUUCCCACGAGCGAAAAACUUAUCUUCCUGACGAAUUUCAUCGCCAAGAAAUGGUUCAGAGCCAAGAUCAAGAACUACGUCCCGGAUUUCAAGCUCGCGUUCGAGCAUUUCUGCAUCCAUGCAGGGGGUAGAGCGCUGAUCGAUGAGCUCGAGGAGAGUCUGAAGCUUCAGCCGGCAGACGUGGAGGCGUCGAGGAUGACAUUGCACAGAUUUGGUAACACUUCCUCGAGCUCCAUUUGGUACGAGUUGGCGUACAUGGAAGCGAAAGGAAGGAUGAAGAAGGGAGAUAGGGUUUGGCAGAUUGCUCUCGGAUCAGGGUUCAAGUGUAACAGUGCGGUCUGGACGGCGUUGCGAAACGUCAAGCCUUCGAAAAACAACCCUUGGGAAGAUUGUUCGGAUAGGUAUCCGGUGAAGAUCGAUCUCUGAUCCACCGAAACCUCGCAAUGGUUUCAUGAUUUGUCGGUCCAAAUUAUUAUAUAUAUUCUACUAUAUAUAUAUAUAUGUGCGUUCUUUUUCGUGAAGAUUUGAUCAUCCCUUACAAUGUAUUCAUUUCGUGGUCCAAUUA